GCGCAGUUACACAGUUUGAUCACUUCCUAUCUUGCUGCUGUCGGCUUCCUCCUCUCCCGGUCCAAAAUUUUGCUUUUUCGAACACAAACAGUCUAGCUGUAUUUUUCUGAAUAUUAUCUUCACUGAUGAAGAAUGGCGGGUAGUUUUGGAAAGAUCAUCGUUGGCGUAUAUGUUGAAAUAAAGAGAAGUGAUGGACGAAUACACCAAGCCAUGGUCACAUCGUUGAAUGAAGACAACGAGAGCGUCACCGUGGAGUGGAUAGAAAAUGGAGACACAAAAGGAAAAGAGAUUGACUUAGAGAGUAUAUUUGCACUAAACCCAGACGUGGCCCCAGAAGAAGAGACUGCCCCCAGCCCAGAGACCCCGCCUCCACCAACGCCGACCUCUGUGAAGGUCAACAAGAUCCCCAAGAACCGACGAACAAUAGCACCCACUAAGAAUGACACUCCGUCCAGGGAUAACAGAGUGGUGUCGACCAGGGCCAGACCAACUCAGCCCCAGCAACUAGAGCCUGCUCCCCCUCCCCCCGUCCAGCCAGCCCAGCCCACCCAGGCCCAGACAGCCCAACAGUUAGCCAACGCGAGGAGGAAGUCCAACUGUGUGAAGGAAGUGGAGAAACUGCAGGAGAAGAGGGAGAGACGACGGAUACAACAACAGGAGCUGAGAGAGAAGAAAGCACAGGAGGUGGACACCACCGUCCCGAACUAUGAGAUCCUGUAUAUGAUCAGAGACUUCCGUGCCAGUCUGGACUACCGGCCGCUGUCCACCGCAGACCUGAUUGAAGAGCACAGAAUAUGUGUUUGUGUGAGGAAACGUCCACUCAACAAGAAAGAGCUGACCAUACGGGACCUGGAUGUGAUCACCAUCCCCAGUAAGGAUGUGGUGAUGGUCCAUGAGCCCAAGCAGAAGGUGGACCUGACACGCUACCUGGAGAACCAGACCUUCCGCUUCGACUACGCCUUCGAUGACAGCACCACCAAUGAAAUUGUUUACAGGUUUACUGCCAGGCCCCUGGUGGAGACUAUCUUUGAGAGGGGCAUGGCCACGUGCUUCGCCUAUGGACAGACUGGUAGUGGCAAAACACAUACUAUGGGUGGAGAUUUUUCUGGAAAGAACCAGGAUUGUUCUAAAGGAAUUUACGCAUUAGCAGCUCGGGAUGUGUUUGUCAUGUUGAAGAAACCCUGCUACAGGAAGUUAGAACUUCAGGUGUACGCAACUUUCUUUGAAAUCUACAGUGGAAAGGUGUUUGACCUGCUGAACGGUAAGGCUAAGCUCCGGGUGUUGGAGGAUGGGAAGCAGCAGGUGCAGGUGGUGGGGCUGCAUGAGAGAGACGUCAAAUGCACAGAGGACGUCCUCAAACUCAUAGAAGUGGGCAACAGCUGCAGAACGUCAGGUCAGACUUCGGCCAACGCCCACUCGUCCCGUAGCCAUGCAGUGUUCCAGAUCAUUCUAAGGAGGAAGGGGAAAAUGCACGGCAAGUUCUCCCUGAUCGACCUGGCGGGGAAUGAGAGGGGUGCCGACACGUCCAGCGCCGACCGCCAGACACGCCUGGAGGGAGCCGAGAUCAACAAGAGCCUGCUGGCACUAAAGGAGUGCAUCAGGGCGCUGGGGCGGAACAAACCUCACACUCCGUUCAGGGCCAGCAAGCUCACCCAGGUCCUCCGAGAUUCCUUCAUAGGGGAGAACUCCCGCACAUGCAUGAUAGCAACUAUCUCUCCUGGUAUGACGUCCUGUGAGAACACCCUCAACACGCUACGCUACGCUAACAGAGUAAAGGAGUUUGGGAUCAGUCCCUCAGACAUCCCCUUCUCCCAGGGCGGUGGAAGUCGCUCGGAGCUCUCGGAGCUCUCGCCCACCUAUGAGUAUGAUGACUUUGCUACCUCUCCCAGCAGAGUGAAGGAGCUGACGGUGGACACUAAUCAGGUGAUAGAGGGGGUCCGGCCCAACAUCCAUGUGGUGGACCAGCUGGAUGAUGACUGGGACCACCUGGGCAGCUCCCCCCAGAGAGAUGACCUCAAACUGCUCUGUGAGCAGAACCUGGAGGAGGUGUCCCCCCAGCUCUUAACCUUCCAUGAGGCUGUCUCUCAGAUGGUGGAGAUGGAGGAACAGGUGCUGGAGGACCACAGAGCUGUCUUCCAGGAGUCUAUCCGGUGGCUGGAGGAUGAGAAGGUUCUGCUGGAGAUGACUGAGGAGGUGGACUAUGAUGUGGAUUCUUACGCCACUCAGCUGGAGCAGAUCCUGGAUCAGAAGAUUGACAUCCUCACGGAGCUCAGAGAUAAAGUCAAGUCGUUCCGCUCGUCACUCCAGGAAGAAGAACAAGCCAGUAAGCAGAUCAAUCCUAAGAGGCCGCGUGCCCUGCUGUAGACCAGGCCAGGGAGGGGUGUGUGGAGGGGCAGUGGCACAUACAGGAACAUAUACACUAGAUGCACUAUAUAUACAAAAGUAUGGACACCCCUUCAAAUUAGUGGAUUUGUGGACUUACUGAAGAGCUCAAUGACUUUCAAUGUGGCACCGUCAUAGGAUGCCACCUUUUCCAACAAGUCAGUUUGUUAAAUUUCUACCCUGCUAGAGCUGCCCCGGUCAACUGUAAGUGCUGUUCUUGUGAAGCAUUUAGGAGCAACAACGCUCAGCCGCCAAGUGGUAGGCCACAAGCUCACAGAACAGACCCGCUGAGUGCUGAAGCGUGUAAAAAAUCAUCUGUCCUCUGUUGCAACACUCGCUACCGAGUUCCAAACGACCUCUGGAAGCAACGUCAGUAAUAGAACUGUUCGUCGGGAGCUUCAUGAAAUGGGUUUCCAUGGCCGAGCAGCCGCACGCACACAAGCCUAAGAUCACCAUGGGCAAUGCCAAGCGUCGGCUGGAGUGGUGUAAAGCUCGCUGGCAUUGGACUCUGGAGUAUUGGAAACGUGUUCUCUGGAGUGAUGAAUCACUCUUCACCAUCUGGCAGUCUGACUAACGUAUAUUGGUUUGGCGGAUGCCAGGUGAACGCCACCUGCCCCAAUGCAUAGUGCCAACAGUAAAGUUUGGUGGAGGAGGAAUAAUGGUUUGGGGCUGUUUUUAGUGGUUCAGGCUAGGCCCCUUAGUUCCAGUGAAUUUUAACGCUACAGCAAACAAUGAUAUUUUAUACGAUUCUGUGCUUCCAACUUUGUGGCAACAGUUUGGGGAAGGCCCUUUCCUGUUUCAGCAUGACAAUGCCUCUGUGCACAAAGUGAGGUCCAUACAGAAAUAGUUUGUCAGAUUGGUGUGGAAGAGCUUGACUGGCCUGCACAGAGCCCUGACCUCAACCCCAUCUAACACCUCUGGGAUGAAUUGGAAUGCUGACUGCGAGCCAGGCUUAAUUGCCCAACAUCAGUGCCCGACCUCACUAAUGCGCUUGUGGCUGAAUGGAGGCAUGUCCCCGCAGCAAUGUUCCAAUGUCUAGUGUAAAGCCUUCCCAGAAGAGUGGAGGCUGUUAUAGCAGCAAAAGGGGAUCAACUCCAUGUUAAUGCCCAUGAUUUUAGAAUGAGAUGUUCGACGAUCAGGUGUCCACAUACUUUUUGCAUUGUAGUGUACUUAACACAGCUGUCUCACCCUGUCACAACCGCCUGUGAAAAGACAAAGGAAAGGACUCAUUUGUUUACCAAUCAGGGUCACGGAUGUCACCAGAAAUAACUGGAGGGGAAUGCAACCUUGGAUCCAUUUUUUUUGUUGUUGCUGAUUUAAAAUGUUCAGUUUUUUUUCCUGUUCUAAUUUUAUUUAUUUACUUCUCUUUUUUCCCGUAUUUCUUUAAAUUGAACGGCUGUUGACUUUGCUUCAUCAUAGACUUCUCCAUGUUGGUUGUGCUUUAGGGUUCUACGAUACCAGUGUUGUGGAUUCUGGUAGGUCUGACUGACAUGCAGCCAUGUGCCACUCUGUAUGUUGGCCUCGAUCAUGCAUGUGGCUGGGUCACUCCUCAGUUAACACUCUACAGCAUAUAGAUGUUACUCUGUAGGACCAGUCUUUCUCUUGCUCCUCUGAGUUUGAGAGGUGUCAAAUCAAGCUGUGCUUCUCGUGUUGUCUUUCCUCCCUCUUGUAUCCAUGUUUUUUCCUCAAAGAACAGUCUAUAGUUUGAUUCAGUUGUGUUCAUGUUUUGUGGCGACCCCAGUUAAUUUGUUACCCCUUUUACUUUUAUACUGUGAAGUCAUUUUUCAUUCACUUUGUAAAAAAAAAAAAAUGGAACAAAAACCACUAACAAAUGUAUAGUAAAAACCACUGACCUACUGCUGCAUAUGUUACUCAGUGUUUGCACCAGAUGUAACAUUGGCUCAAUAAAGAACCACCUGUUUUGAUUUGAA